AUGGAGGCCGAGCGGCCAACAGGUGAAGUGGAGGGGCUAGUUAAGAUGGGUACCGGAUGUGACCCAUGCGAGGUGAACGAGGAAGCGGGUGUUGAAGAAGCGGGUGUUGACGACUAUGGAGGGAGUGGAGGCAAGAAGACAGGCUCGCUGGCUCCGUCUCUCCUCGCGCUUCACCCGUCAGGCUCGCCUGUCUUUGCCACCGCGGGUGCCGCUGUCCGAGGCUUCGAUAUUAGUUCGGGUUCGGCGGUUUCGUUCAAGAGCAGCGACGGUGCGGAGCAGGCAGUGUCACAUGGCGACGCCGUGCGAGCCAUGUGCGUGGACCCCACCGGCCGUGUCAUGGCGACGGCGGGCGACGAUAAGAUCGUCAAUCUCUGGGUCAGGGAGGUGCAGUCGCCGUCAAACAGCUGGACUUGCUGCCAUAAGGAGAAGGUGUCCAAGCGAGUGAGCGCCAUGGGGUUCAGCAGCGACGGUCGCUGGCUGCUCUUCGCCGACAAGUUCGGCGUCGUUCACGCUCUCGCCGUGCCGUCGCCGACCGACCUCGCUGCUCAGAACGGAGAAGGAGGCGAAGGCAAGCGAGCGGUGGAGACAGCGAAGCAGCUGCUGGGCCACUGCUGCAGCAUCAUCACCUGCCUCGCGAUGUCGCACGGCAAUCGCUUCAUUGCUACUGGCGAUCGGGACGGAAAGAUUCGUGUGUCCGUGUUCCCCGACCAUCCUUUGGAAGGCGCUCAUGAGAUUCAGAGCUUCUGCCUUGGACAUACAGGGUUCCUGACAGCUCUAGCCUUUGUUGGCGAGCCGACACCAGCCAAGCACGGCAAGACCGACGGCGUCGUUGCGGCCGGGGAUGGUUCGCAGCAGCUGCUUCUGUCCGCCGCGGCUGACGCAACGGUGCGUCUGUGGGGCCCUUCAGACGGCCGCUGCCUCCAGGUGCUGCGCAUGCCGCCUCCGCCAUCGCCUGCGCAGGCGGAAGGGCCUUCCCCCAUGGCAGUGGACUCCGCGGGUGGCGGAGAACAAGCGGAAGCGGAGGCAGGAGGCACGGCGGAGACGGAGGGCGUAGCUAAUCCUGAAGAAGAUGCGGGGGGGAGCAGGGGUGGGAAGAUAGGAUCAACAGCGGAUGGUUCGUCGCUGGUAGCUGUCGCGGUCGAUCCGAGUGGCUGUUUGAUCGCUGGAGCUGUUGCCAGCUCGCCAUGCGUGUCUUUGCUCCGCUUUGACCCUUCGGCUCGCACACUGCAAAUGCUUCAGUGCAUCACUCUCAACGAUGGAGUGCCAGCCACCAGUCUUUCCUUCGCUCCGAACGGCAAGAUUUGGACUGUAGCUGGAGCUGCAGAAUCACUUCCCAGCGAGGACAGUGUCAUGACCCCAGAAGCUGAGGCGGCAGCUGCUGCCACUGCCGCCCGGAUAGCGCUCGCUGCUGUUGCUCGUGUUCUAGUCCUGAGUGUGGGCCCUGCUGCUGCCCAUGCUGCUGAUCAGACUGCUGAAAAUGCUGCUGCUGAUGCCACUGGAGCAUCAGGGGGUGUAGCGGAAGGGGCUUCAGCGGAUGUGAAGUAUAAAGUGCUGGCUGAUGGGGAAGUGCCAGGUGGCAAAGAUCUAUUGGCUUCGUUACAAGGGUCUGUGUCUGGGGAUGUGGCAGCAGUGGCGAGGGAGGCAGCCAAGGGGGUGGUGGAUGGGCUGUGGGGAGCAAUGAAGAAGAAAGAGUAUGGGGAGGAUGAGAGGGAGUGCAGAAAGCGCAGGCGCAAUGACAAGAAGCACGACUAUUUCUUUGGUUCGGUAGAAUCCACGGAUGGGACCGGCGGAGAACAAUCCAUUUUAGCGUCCAACCUGCGGCGCUUCACGUACAAAGAGCUGCAGGCCGCCACCAACCGGUUCCGCGACGAGAGCGUGCUGGGCGCGGGCAGCUUCGGCAAGGUGUACCGCGGGGCCAUGGAGGAGUGGAUGGGGGAACUGCCCAAGGGGGAGAAGCGGCCGCUCGCCAUCAAGAUGCUGGAUGAAGAGAGCUUUCAGGGCUUCGGCGAGUGGAUGGCGGAGGUGCUGCUAUUAGGUCGCCUGCAGCACCCGAACCUGGUGCGGCUGCUGGGGUACAGCACGGACAGGGACGAGGCAGUGCUGGUGUAUGAGCUGCUCGAGAACGGCAGCCUCGACUCCUGGCUCUUCCCAGACGACCACACAGGAGUGUACAAGCACCGCCCGCUUACGUGGGAGGAGCGCGUGCGGAUAGCACUGGACGCCACACAGGGCCUGGCGUAUCUGCACUCAGAGAACGUGAUUCACCGCGACUUCAAGUCCUGCAACGUGCUGCUCGAUAAGGAGAUGCGGGCGAAGCUGACGGACUUUGGCAUGGCCACCAUGGGGCCAGAGUCAGGGCAGACUCACAUCUCCACGCGAGUCAUGGGCACCAUGGGGUACCUCGACCCCAAGUACCUUGAGACAGGUCAUCUCACACCAAAGAGUGACAUCUACGCACUCGGAGUAGUUUACUUCGAGCUCCUCACCGGCCGGCCUCCCUCGUCUGGAGGCGACAACGACGACUGCAAGCUGACGACGUGGGUGCGCGCACACGUGGCACAGCGCCGCCCGAAUCUCGAGGCAGUCAUGGACGAACGGCUAGAAGACAAAUAUUCCCGCGUGGGCGCGCAGAAACUGCUCGUUCUCGCCAAGCACUGUAUCAACGAGGAUCCGGCUGGGCGGCCGCAGAUGGAGAAUCUAAUCAAGACUCUGCAGCAGCUGAUGACCCUGCCAGUUGGGGACGAGGGGAAUGGUGUGGCGGGGGGAAGAGGAGGGGGAGGGGCGGGGGGAGAGCUAGGCUCGCUCCCCACGUCGCCCCCCCCGCACGCGCAUCAUCUUCCCCUCCCCCAUUAUCAGCUCCCCCAUCUCCCCCCGCUCCCCAUCCCCGCGCCUUUUCCGCCUCACUUUGCGCCCGCGGGGGAGCUUUUCCCCCACCCGCACGCGCACUUGGCGCAUCUCCCCUUCCCCCACUACCCGUACAUUUCCCCCUUGCACCACGCGGGAUAUGCGGUCGCGGCUCACGGCAAUCUCGAUGGAAUUGUUGUCGGGCAUUCCAGCGCGAUUUCCGGCGGAAUUUCCGGCACAAUUCCCGGCGCGAGUCCCGCGCUUCACGGGAGAACGCCCCCGUUAACCCCGGCGCACGAGGCCCCUUGUCGGGACCCGCAAUUUACGCGCGGAAGCGGCGGCGGAAGCACGGAGAGCGCGAGGGGGGGACCCGGGGAUAGCGCGCGCGCACGGAAUGGCGGAGCAGCGGCGCUGCGCGAUUCGGGGUAUUCGGAGUGGGGGGGAGCGGAGCGUUGUGCGGAGGAGGGGAGGGGCGCGGGGGAACUGGGGAAACCGGGGGAAGAGAGAGAAACCGUGGGCCAGUCAGAGGAGAAUGGUGGAGACGCGAGAGGAGUGGUGGAGUGUGACUAUGGGGGAAGAGAGGAGGCGGCGAGGGUGGGGGGGUUGGAGCUUCUAGACGAAGAGGAGGAUGGGGAAAGGGAAGAGGAAGGGGAGGAGGAAGAGCGGGAGGGCGGGGAGUGUGACUUGGGGGAGGAGGGGCGUGACUUAGCGGUGGCCCAUCCGCACACUGCUCCUGCCAUCCUGGUGGCACCGCCACUGCAGGAGCAAGAGGCGGAAUGCAAUGGCAAUGGCAAUGGCAAUGGCAAUGGCAACGGCAGUCACAGUGGCAUGGCAGCUGGUGUUGGGGCAACCAAUAUCGCGGCAGCCCACAGCAGGGCAGCCGUGCAAAGCUUUCUGCCUUUGGCCUUAGGCCAGCAGCUGCAGCAGCUGGCGCAGGCGGAGGGGACGCAGCAGGCAGGGGGAGCGCGAGCAGUGGAAGCACGAGCAGGGGCGGUGAAGACGAGAGGAGGCUUGGCGAGGCAGCAAGACCAACAGCACCAGCAGCAGGGGCAGAGAGGAGGGUUAAAUAGAGUGCAGGGGGGUAUGCAUGUGCAUGUGGGUGCGGCAGGGGGAACAAGGCGGCUGCAAGUCGACAUUGAUGCUGCUGGUACGUGUGUUGCCAUGCCAAGGGAGCAGGGUGCGGGUUCCAUUGUAACGAAUCUUUUCACGGCUGAUGCAGCUGGUGCGAGAGCAGUAUGGAUGCAUGCUGCUGUGUGCUGCUCGUUCAAUCUAUUCCCCAUCCUUCUCUCCCCUGCAGUAUUCGCGCGGCUCAUGCAAGUGGUACGAGAGCGGUAUGGAGGCAGCAUGCAGCGGUGGAUGCUUGCCGCAGUUGCCACCACAGAGGGGCAUACCGGCACGGAGUGGGGGAGCGGUGGUGUGGGGCAGGAAGCAGGACAGAGCAGAGUGGACAGAACAGGGAAGAGCAGAGGGGACAGAGCAGGGCAGCGAGGGAGGGCAGGGAGCUGUGGGGGAGAGGGGGAAGAGGGUAUGAGGGGGGACGGACGCGGGGCACGUUGCAGGGGGGAUGGGGGAGGGCCGAGGGGAGGGGAGGGGUUUGAGACAGGUGGUGCUGGUGGGGAUGUGGAGCAGCAUAUAGCGAAGAGGAGGCGGGUGGAGCGUGGGGGAUUGGACGAACGGGAGGUGGCUGGGAAGGUGUUUGGAGAGAGCGCGCAUGGGUUAGGUCGGCAGGGGAGAGAGGGGGCGGAUGGGGAGCGCGUGGGAAGGGAGGAGGAGGGGGAUGCAUGUGGGGGUAGUGGCGAGGGCGACUGUGUGGAGUGGUUGGGAGAAGGGGGGGGCGCGAGAGGAGAGCAGGAGGGGGCCGUGGGAGGGGGGCAAGAGGGGGGUGCAUGGGACAGUGGAGAUGAGGUGGGAGGGGAGAGCGGGAGAGGUGGGGGAGGAGACAGGGCAAUGAGGGGAGAUGGGAGCGGGAGGGGGAGAGGGGGCGCGGAGAAGGAAGGGGGGAAGGGGGAGGGGGAGAGGGCAGGCGUGAGGAAGUCCCUCUCUUCAUAUGAGCUGGCAGCAAUAGACCGUGCAGCAAUAGACACAAUAGACCGUGCAGCAAUAGACCGAGCAGCAAUAGACCGUGCAGCAAUAGACCGUGCAGCAAUAGACCGUGCAGCAAUAGACCGUGCUGCAAUAGACCGUGCAGCAAUAGACCGAGCAGCAAUAGACCGUGCAGCAAUAGACCGUGCAGCAAUAGACCGUGCAGCAAUAGACCGUGCUGCAAUAGACCGUGCAGCAAUAGACCGAGCAGCAAUAGACCGUGCAGCAAUAGACCGUGCAGCAAUAGACCGUGCAGCAAUAGACCGUGCAGCAAUAGACCGUGCUGCAAUAGACCGUGCAGCAAUAGACCGAGCAGCAAUAGACCGUGCAGCAAUAGACCGAGCAGCAAUAGACCGUGCAGCAAUAGACCGUGCAGCAAAAGGCCGUGCAGCAAUAGACCGUGCAGCAAUAGACCGUGCCAUGGAGCUUGAGCUUGCCCUCCGCCCUGAGAAUGCACCCAGAACACAUCCCCAGAACACAUCCCCUGAACACAUCCCCAGAACCCCCAACACUGAACCCUCAGCCAACGUGCCGGAGCAGCUGAGGGGAUCAGAUGCGUACGAGCUGGCAAUGACGUACCGCAUGGCUGUGGAGGCAAGGGGGCCGGAGCAGCUGAGGGGGUCAGAUGCAUACGAGCUGGCAAUGACGUACCGCAUGGCUCUAGAGGCUGCUGGCAUGGCUGCUGGGCAAGGGGUUGGUGGUGCGCCUCAUGCUGCUGCUAGCACUGGUGGUGCUAGCGCUGUUACUCGGUCUGCUGUAGCUCGUAGCACAAGUGAGGGAACACAAGGGGCACAAGGGGCAGUGCAGGGAGCACGAGGAGCAGAGGGGGGCCACGGGGCACAACAGGGAGCACAUGCUGCAGGGGGAGGAGAGGCGGGUGGCGGGUUGCUGGGGACGCCUUGGGAGGAGCUGACAGUAGCGCAGAUGGAGCAGAUGCUGCAGGAGACGAAGAGGCUGAUAGCAGCGAGUGAAAGGGCGCACGUUUGCCCGCACACGGGGUGUCCGCGCAAGUUCGCCACGCCAGGGACACUCAAGGACCACCUGAACGAGCACUCGGGGCAGCGCCCCUACCAGUGCUCCGUGGACGGGUGUGGCGAGCGCAUGGCCACCCGGCAGCUGCUGGGCCGGCACGUCAAGAAGCACGAGUGCUUGCACGCGUGUGCGGUGCCUGGGUGUGGGAAACGGUUUGCGUUCCGAGAGCGGCUGGUGAGUGGCUGGAACCAAGUUGUGUUGACAGGCAUGGCGUCCUUGCCUUUGCUCGCCUCCCUGCUCGCCUCCCUGCUCGCCUCCCUGCUCGCCUCCCUGCUCGCCUCCCUGCUCGCCUCCCUGCUCGCCUCCCUGCUCGCCUCCCUGCUCUUCCUCACUUGUCAGCGCAGGGCCAAACCAACAACCCGCACUUCCUUUCCUCCCUCCCUCUCCCCCUCCUCUCUCCCUCCUUCCCCUUACCAGGUGGUGCAUCAGCGCACGCACAGCAACGAGCGGCCCCUGCAGUGUCCGUGGGAGGGGUGUGAGAAGACGUUCAAGUGGACCAACUCGCUGCACGGCCACCUGCGCACGCACACGGGCGAGAAACCCUUCCACUGCUCCCCUUCCCCCACUGCUCGUGAGUCCCACUCGCUUGCCGCAUCACACUUCCCCCUUCGUUUCCCCCUUUCCCCCUCUCCCUCCAACCCCGUUUCCCCCUUUCCCCCUCUCCCUCCAACCCCGUUUCCCCCUUUCCCCCUCUCCCUCCAACCCCGUUUCCCCCUUUCCCCCUCUCCCUCCAACCCCGUUUCCCCCUUUCCCCCUCUCCCUCCAACCCCGUUUCCCCCUUUCCCCCUCUCCCUCCAACCCCGUUUCCCACCCUCCCCCCCCCAUCCCCCCGUCCCCCACGCUCCCCCCCCCUCCCCCGCUCUCUCCCCCAACCUCUAA